GUAAAUCCACUUGGACGUUUGUGGGUGCGGUGCUGCCCCCCCCCCCCACCCGUGAUGUCCCUCCGGCGCCUGCUCUGUGCUGCGGCCUCCCGGCGGCCGGCUCCCGUGAGAUGCAGACGAGGCAGCCCCCUGCACACGGCCCCGGUGGCCUGUUCGGACAGGAGUGCCCCUGUGUUCAGCCGGGCCCUGGCCUUCGGGGACCGGAUUGCCCUCGUUGACCAGCACGGCCGCCACACGUACAAGGACCUCUACCACCACAGCCUCCGCCUGUCCCGGGAGCUGUGCCGGCUCCUCGGGUGUGCCGGCGGGGACCUCCAGGAGGAGAGGGUCUCCUUCAUGUGCUCCAAUGACGUCUCCUACGUGGUCGCGCAGUGGGCCUCAUGGAUGAGCGGGGGCGUCGCUGUCCCCCUCUACAGGAAGCACCCGCAGGCCGAGCUGGAGUAUGUCAUCCGGGACUCCCGGAGCGCCGUGGUCCUUGCUGGCCGGGAGUACGUGGAGCUGCUGGGCCCGGUGGUCGGGAGGCUGGGGGUCCCACUGCUGCCCCUCCCGCCCACGGUCUACGGUGCGGCGGCCGAGGCGCCCGGGGAAUGGCGGGUGCCGGAGCAGAACUGGAGAGACCGAGGCGCCAUGAUCAUCUACACCAGCGGGACCACAGGGAGGCCCAAGGGCGUCCUGAGCACUCAUCACAACAUCAGGGCCAUGGUGACGGGGCUGGUCCACAAGUGGGCGUGGACUAAGGACGACGUGAUCCUCCACAGUCUCCCACUCCACCACGUGCAUGGUGUGGUCAACAAGCUGCUGUGUCCCCUCUGGGUGGGCGCCACCUGUGUGAUGCUGCCCGAGUUCAGCGCAGAGCUGGUUUGGGAAAAGCUCUUAAGUUCUGAAGCUCCACGAAUUAAUGUAUUUAUGGCGGUGCCUACAAUAUAUGCCAAGUUGAUGGAUUAUUAUGACAAACAUUUUACUCAGCCUCACGUCCAGGAUUUUGUACGUGCGGUCUGUGAGGAGAAAAUUAGGUUGAUGGUUUCGGGGUCCGCCGCCCUGCCCCUGCCUGUGCUGGAGAAGUGGCAGAGGGUCACCGGCCACACUUUGCUGGAGCGGUAUGGGAUGACGGAGAUCGGCAUGGCCCUGUCCAACCCCCUGACCACGGCUCGCACGCCAGGUUCCGUGGGGACCCCGCUGCCAGGUGUGGAGGUACGCAUUGUCUCAGAAAACCCCAAGAAGGAGGGCUAUCCCUACGUGCUCCACGCGGAAGGAAAUGAGAAGGAGACAAAGGUGACCCCAGGGUUCACGGAGAAGGAAGGAGAGCUCUUGGUCAGGGGGCCGUCCGUGUUCCGUGAAUACUGGGACAAACCAGAAGAAACCAGAAACGCCUUCACCUGCGACGGCUGGUUCAAGACAGGCGACACAGCCGUGUUCAAGGACGGCAGGUACUGGAUCCGGGGUCGCACGUCCGUAGACAUCAUCAAGAGCGGUGGCUACAAGAUCAGCGCCCUGGAGGUGGAGCGGCUCCUGCUGGCGCACCCCAGCAUCACAGAUGUGGCUGUGAUUGGAGUUCCAGACAUGACAUGGGGCCAGCGGGUCACCGCAGUGGUGACCCUUCAGGAGGGACACUCACUGUCCCACAGGGAGCUCAAAGAAUGGGCAAGACACAGACCUUGGGCCACCGUGACUUCGUCCCAGGCAGGCAUGAAACCACCGGCCAGGGCAAGGCCAAGGGCAGGGUGGGCCCCACCAGGCCCCGUGCUCAGGUGAAGACCGCCGGCGGGCCAUCCACCCACAUGGACACCAUCACUCCAAAGGUGCGAGCGUCAUCGGAGACUCAGGCAGGCACCUCCCAAAGCCCCAACCCUGCGUCUGCGGAAGCCCCUUCCCGUACCCGCCUGGAGCUGUGGCCUGUCUGCCAGACGCGGUUACUUGUUAAACCUCGGAUUCACUGGGUACGUGUACGGGCCUGCCCCACGGAGCCUCACUCGGGGGGACGAGGUGCUGGGCCUUGGCUGGCCACAUGCCUCCUUGGCUGGGGAGGGCAAGAGCCUCGCAGUGGGGCAGCAGUGGCGCCCCAAAAUGGAAGCUGGGGCCUCUCUCUAACCGAGGAAGGUGCCGGGAAUAAGCCAGGUGCCUAGGUCGGGUCGGCCCCUGAGGGCCUGAGGCAGGGACAGGACCAGAGCAGGGUCCAGAGACGUCAGAGGACUUGAGAGAGCAGCUGACUGAUGGGAGGUGCGUGCCAGCUCGGGGAUGCCGAGUAUAGGAGGUGCAGGAGGAAGAGUCUGGAACAUUCUGGGGUUUCCAGCCCAGCAGCCUGAAUGGAGAGUACAGGAGGGGGAACCGGGGGGCUGGAGAGAGGGCAAGGUGGGGCUCAGGCCUGAACAUGCUAAGCAUGAGCUGGCAGAGGGCGCUGGGCAAGCCUGGAUGUCCGCCAGAGACUUCUGGGCGAGAGCAGGCGAGGGUCGGAGGCUCCCGUACAGGUGCACGCGGGCCCCCGACAUCCGGGGGAGAGCCGGGAGGUCAGGACCAAGGGGAAUGGCUGAAGCGUGCCGAUUCUCCCCAAAGAGGCAAGGAGACCAUCCACGGGGGACUGUGUGGUGUGGCCCGGCCUCU